AUGCCUGACAUUUGGGAACCGGCUCCUGAACCACCCACCGAGUUGGGGCGGUACCGCGUUCUCUCUUCCACAGCCGGGAUUCGCGUCUCACCUCUUCAGCUUGGAGCCAUGUCCAUUGGUAAUGCGUGGGCGGAGUCAAUGGGUUCAAUGAGCAAGGAGGAAUCCUUCAAACUUCUUGACGCAUUCCAGGAAGCCGGCGGAAAUUUCAUUGAUACUGCAAACGCUUACCAGGACGAACAAUCCGAGACUUGGAUUGGGCAAUGGAUGGCUGAACGCAAGAACCGCGAUCAGAUGGUAAUUGCUACCAAAUUCACUACAGACUUUCGGUCGUACAAGCUUGGCAAAGGAAAGGCCCCCAAUCAUUGCGGUAAUCACAAGCGAAGCCUCCAUGUGAGUGUUCGGGAUUCAUUGAAGAAGCUGCAAACCGACUGGAUUGAUAUCCUAUACCUUCACUGGUGGGAUCACACUACCUCGAUUGAAGAGAUCAUAGAUAGUCUUCAUAUCCUGGUGGAACAGGGAAAGGUGCUCUAUCUAGGAGUUUCGGAUACCCCAGCGUGGGUUGUUGGAGCGGCAAACUCAUAUGCUCGAGCCCAUGGAAAGACACCCUUCAGUAUCUAUCAGGGCAGAUGGAAUAUUAUGCUCCGUGACUUUGAACGGGAGAUUAUCCCGAUGGCCCGCCAUUUUGGAAUGGCACUUGCCCCUUGGGACGUCAUGGGCGGAGGAAAAUUCAAAACGAAGGAGGAAGUUGAAAGACGGAAAGCUCAGGGAGAGGGUCUCCGCAGCAUGUUGAAUUCGGAACAAAGCGAAGAAGAAGCUGCAAUGAGUGCUGCGCUUGAAAAGGUGGCCAAGGAACAUGGCAUCAAAUCCCUCACCGCUGUUGCCCUGGCAUAUGUGAUGGCUAAAGCACCAAAUGUGUUCCCUCUUGUCGGUGGCCGCAAAGUUGAGCACCUGAAAGACAACAUCCAGGCUCUUAAGCUACGGUUGACAGCGGAGCAAAUCGAAUACCUCGAGAGCCAAAAACCCUUCGAUGUCGGCUUCCCAGGCAACUUUAUCGGCCCAGAUCCCAAAGUGACAGGGAAAGCGUCCUUCCUCUUGGCUGCCAACGCUCCACUUUCAUUUGUUCGGGCGCCCAAGUCAAUUAGCAGUCCAGAAUAG